CGCUUAUUCCGCUUCCUGGCACUGGGACUUUCUAGGUUGAAAUCGAUCCAGCCGGAGCGGAGCGAACUGCGGUCGUACCUGGCAGGACGAGGAUUCCUUCAGGUCUACCUCCACCUCCCCGGACACCUUGAAGUUCUGCACGAGAAAUGGCCACGCCAGAGGGUACUAAGCUAUGGGGUGGAAGAUUUGUAGGAAGCAUUGAUCCAAUUAUGGAGAAGUUUAAUGCUUCUAUUUCCUAUGAUCAACGAAUGUGGGCUGCGGAUAUUCAAGGAAGCAAGGCUUAUGCCAAGGCGUUGGAGAAGGCCGGGCUGCUCACAAAAUCAGAACUGGAUCAAAUUCUAAGUGGAAUGGACAAGAUUCAUGAAGAAUGGAGCAAAGGUGCUUUCCUUAUUAAAGAAGGAGACGAGGACAUUCAUACUGCCCACGAGCGAAGACUGAAGGAACUGAUUGGAGAACCAGCGGGCAAAUUGCACACCGGUCGAAGCAGAAACGAUCAGACGGUGACUGAUUUGAGAAUUUGGCUGCGAGAUGAAAUCUCUGCUCUGAUGGGCCAUCUGAACUUGCUGAUUAAAACAAUGGUGGAGAGGGCUGCUGUAGAGAUUGACAUCCUAUUUCCUGGUUAUACUCACAUGCAGAGGGCCCAACCAAUCCGAUGGAGUCACUGGCUGCUGAGCCAUGCCAUUGCCUUGUCUCGUGAUGCUGAAAGACUGGAUGAAGUUAGGAGAAGAACCAAUGUUCUACCAUUGGGAAGUGGUGCCAUUGCUGGAAAUCCUUUUCAGAUUGACAGAGAAUUUCUUUGUACAGAGCUGCAGUUUGAUGCGAUUAGUUUGAACAGCAUGGAUGCGACCAGUGAGAGAGACUUUGUUGCUGAGAUUCUGUUCUGGUGCUCCUUGUGCCAGAUACAUCUCAGUAAGAUGUCUGAGGAUCUAAUCAUUUACAGCACAAAAGAAUUUGGAUUUAUAACACUGUCCGAUGCCUACAGCACAGGGAGUAGCCUGAUGCCCCAGAAGAAGAAUGCCGACAGUUUGGAGCUGAUUCGAAGCAAAGCUGGCCGUGUUUUUGGGCGGUGCUCUGGAUUUUUAAUGACAUUGAAGGGACUGCCAAGCACGUACAAUAAGGAUUUGCAGGAAGAUAAAGAAGGUUUGUUUGAAAGCAUCGACACCUUGACUGCAGUUCUACAGGUGGCAAUGGGUGUAAUCUCCACACUAAAGGUUAAUGAAACUGCCAUGAAGAAUGCCCUGAGUCCAGAUAUGCUGGCUACGGAUCUAGCCUAUUACUUGGUUCGAAAGAAGAUGCCAUUUAGAGAAGCCCACAGUGCUUCAGGAAGAGCUGUUUAUUUGGCAGAGUCCAAGGGCAUCGAUAUCAGUCAGCUCUCGCUGGACGAAUUAAAAACUAUUAGUCCUCUGUUUGAGAGCGAUGUGCUGAAGGUGUGGAACUAUACAAACAGUGUGGAGCAGUAUUCGGCGCCUGGAGGCACAGCUCGGAGUAGUGUGGCUUUGCAAGUCGAGCAGCUGAGAGCCUGGCUGAAAAAAAGGCAGAGCCAUUAAGGCUGUCAUCCUGCUGAACAGCCUCAAUAGAUCCCUCAUCACUGGAUCAGGUUACUAUUUGGGAAAAGGUAUCGUUCCACUAAAUAUCAAUACCAAAAUCUUCCUGGCAAUUUUUAAUGUAGUGACUGUUAAACAAUGAUAAUUGGCAUUUAAGUUGAGCUUAAAUCCAUAUUUUUAGUGUAAAUGGUUGCUGCUUAGUAAGAUUGUGUACUGAACUGCAUCAACUGUAAUUUACAAUAUGUCAAUAACUUUUAAUCUGAAAUAAACCUUGAAGAACUUGU